AUGAUCACACCCAAAUUCACGUCGACGCCUCUGAAGAAGAAAUCAAAGAUUCCCUUCAUGCGAAGCACCAAAUCGCUGAAGAGCCUUACGAAAUUUGGCGGAAAUAUCGACGGCUCAAAUCUCUGGCCCGCAAUCGAUGAGGACGUGGCAGAGGCCGAGGAAGAGAAACCGCAACAGAACAAGAAGACUCCACUGCCGCCUCCAAGGAAGAGUAGAUUGCCGCCGCCCCCGGCUCUUCUCGCCGAGGCCAUCGAUAACAAAGAAAACAACACAACAACUGGCCCUUCAGAGGGCAAGUCGGUCUUGGGCCGGCUCAGCUUCGCCAGCUUGCCCUUUAUGAAAAAGAAGCCGAAGCUGUCCUCCCGACCGUCACAAUCGAGCCUGACAGGACCCAGCACGAACCAA